AUGCCGAGCCAGGCGCGGGUAUUGCUGGGCGAGCGUGCCCGGCCCCAUCCAGUGGGAGUGCCAGAAGGACGCUGUCGCGCCAUCGCCGAUGCUAACCGAGGUGGCCGUCGUGAAGAGGGAGAGGUCGUCGUCAUUGCAUAUGUAACCUUUGUCCCGAAGGCGCGGGACGAUUUGUUUGACCAGCAGUUUAGUUGGCCGGCAUGGCUGCUGAAUGCGAGAGCUGCAACUGCAGUGCCUGGGCAGCAAAUGAUCCCUCUGGAGUACUCUCCCCUCACAGUUUCAACCUGGACAAGAAAUUUGCACCAUGACUCGGUGUACCCUUUAGUCCCUGGGCAUGAGAUUGCUGGAGUUGUAACCGAGGUCGGUUCAGACGUCAUGGACUUCAAACUGGGCGACCAUGUGGCUGUUGGGACAUACAUCAACUCAUGCCGUGACUGUGACAACUGCAACAGCCUCCUCGAGAACCACUGCUCAAAUUUUGUUUUCACUUUCAAUGGUGUUGAUACGGACGGUACUGUCACAAAGGGAGGAUAUUCCAGUCACAUUGUAGUUCAUGAACGGUACUGCUAUAAAAUACCUGAUGGCUACCCACUGGAAAAGGCCGCACCUUUAGCUUGUGCUGGGAUCACUGUGUAUACACCGAUGAUACGGCAUAACAUGAACCAGCCAGGAAAAUCACUUGGUGUCAUUGGUCUUGGUGGGUUGGGUCACAUGGCAGUGAAAUUUGGGAAAGCCUUUGGACUGAAUGUGACAGUUUUGAGUACAAGUGAAUCGAAAAGAGAUGAAGCUAUCAACCUUCUUGGUGCAGAUAAUUUUGUGGUAUCAUCAGAUAAAAACCAGAUGGAGUCCCUGAAAAAUUCUCUGGAUUUCAUUGUCGAUACUGCCUCUGGUGACCACCCAUUUGACCCUUAUCUCGCGCUUCUGAAAGUCCGUGGCGUAAUGGCACUAGUUGGCUUUCCUGGAGAAAUCAGAGUGCAUCCUGCAUCACUCAAUCUUGGUGCACGGACUCUAUCUGGCAGUGUAGUCGGAGGCACCAAGGACACCCAGGAGAUGAUAAACUUCUGCGCGGUAAACAAAAUAUACCCAAAUGUUGAGGUGAUAAAAAUAGACUACAUCAACGAGGCUCUCGAGAGGCUUGUCAACCGGGAUGUGAAGUAUCGGUUUGUAAUCGACAUAGAGAGCUCUUUCAAGUAA